CAAACCGGGCCGUCGGUCGACGGGCGCAGGCUGCAGUUUUUUUACCGCCGACGUGCGAGUCGAGUUACCGCGCAUCCCCGCUCCUGAUGGGUAACACUCGCGCCCAGCGGCGCUCUGUCGGGCUCGACCGCGGAGGGGCACAGAGAGCGGAGCCCCGCCGCGCUGGACAGCCGACGACGCAGCGGACAGCGAGUGGAUAGCCGCCGGCUGUCCGCACACCGCCGACGAAAAAUCACGCGUCGGGCGCCUGUCUUCCAGCAAGGUGCCACUGGCCGUGUGUGGCGGCCGCGGUGGCCACCAUGAGCGAGCGGCCAGUGGUGGGCAACGCGGCUCACGGCGGCCGCAAGCCCUGCUCGCGCAUCCGCUUAUACAACCUCGGCUACUUCUUCUCCCUCAGCGGACUCAUGGCUCUCUGCGAAAUAAUCCUGGGAAUGGCGAUCUAUGCGCUGCUCUGGGACUCGGCCAACGAACUGGACAAGUUCCUCGUGACCGUGGCCUUCCUGCAGUGGAUGACCGGCCUCUACAUACACGCCACGAUCGCCUUCUGCGCAACGGGCGCCCGGAUACGCGGCCUGUUGCUGUACUUGCUGCACCAUGGUGUCGGAGCCAUCUUGUACCUGGGCGGCGCUGUUACGACCUUGGUCAGUUCCAUGUACACGCAGACCGAUGACAUCAUUCGAACGGCAAGUGUGAACGCGACAGUUGAAGCGGCCCCCCGUCGCUUUAACGAGCGCCGCUUACUCUUCCAGAGCCUCGCCCUGGGUGCAUCGGCGCUGCAUCUGAUUCAGGCCACCCGGUACCUGCUCAAACAUAGGCCCGGAGGAGACGGCGCUGACGCAGCUGAUGAGGUCACUUGCGGCUUCGUGGUCGAGACGCGCAUCGCCAAAUUCAAGUCGAGGCCUCCACCUGUCCCACCCGUGCCAGUGCGCAUCGAUUCAUCAGCCCUGCAGACGCGCCGGGACUCUACCGCUGUGGCUUCAGUGGCCGUCCGCAGGGAGUCCACGGUCGUACCCUCGCGGAGAGAGUCUAGCGUCGCCUAUCCAGAAUACCUAUAACCCUCCCUCCUUCACCCCCUUUCGCUGGAAGUGCAUUAUCAACGGACUUGGCAUAUCCGCGCGCACAAAGCGACCGCCUCAACACGGACUGAGUCUCAUACCCCGUAAAUAGCCACUGCUAGGGCCUCUCGGGUGACCGCGCUUGUUUAUCCGGACGCUGGCAGUCUUACGGUGCUCCAGUGACUUCGGGCACAUCACUGGUCCCCCCUUUUUUUAAGGCUUCGUUACGAGGGAGCCUUUGUGGGAAAGAUAAUGGGAAAGUACACAAUGCCUUUACGGUCUGACUUGGGCUUUCAGAAAGAGGCAAACGCACACAAUACACGUCAUAUGCUGGCAGAGGCAUUCCGUGGCAGUAGCUCUGCAUUACCAGCAGAAAAGUUACGAUGUUAGAUUCAAGAAUCACGAAUUCAGCAUGCAGACCAACGCCCAUGAAAGUCACCACCUAUGUGAACUCUGCACACCACUAAAAUAAGUCUGAAUUGAACACCGGUGUGUGCCGCGUGGCAAUGUAGCCUUCGGCGUUGCCAGAGUACUUGAAAACAGAGUCAAAAAGCUGCAAAUAGCAUGGUUCUUAUGUAUUCUUUAAGAAAUCAAUAAGGCGGACAGGCGGACCAGUUGGUUGAAUAGUUUAUUAAAAGGUUUCAGGGUUAUUGUUGGUACACAUGGUCAUGGAAGUGGGCACAUUUAGUGUGCAACAACUCGUGAACAAGCCUCCUAUGGGACCGUCGUCUUCACUGUGCACUGUGUAGGUAAUAUUUUGGUGUCGAAUUUGUUUCCUUUUGCCGUGUUUGCUGAUGUUACAAAUAAGACAAAAACGCCAGCCGACACGGCAACGUUCGGCCACCAUAGUAUUUCUUUCAUGAGCCUUUUUUUUUUUUUUGCCUUUUUCUGUCCACUACGGCAUGCUUUAUAAUCAGAUCGUGGUUUUGGAAAGUGAAACCCAAUGAAUUUUAAUUAUCUCUGCUUCUUCUUUCUCUACCAAAUACUUGAUUAUUUUUCGUUAUGACUAUAGCUGCAAGAUUUCCCUGCUUUUUUUAAUUGGAGUCAACCUCUGUCGAUGUGAGAUGGGUAUGUUGCUCUAAUGACUUAAACAGCAAAAUGCGACUUUGGGGCAGCACAUGAGUCAGCUGUCUUAAUGUGGCGAGCUGAAUAAAAAAAAUGGAAAGUA